UUGAAGAAGAACAGGAAGAACCAGAACCUCCACAGAUUAAAGAGGAACAGGAGGAGUCCUGCAUCAGUCAGGAUGAAGAGCAGCUUGAUCUGAAGCAGGAGACUGAAACCUUGAUGGAGAUUCCUACUUUGGAGGAACAUGUUCACAGUGCAGCAGAUCUAAAUGAUCAGCAGAGCUUUAAUGGAGCUGAUAGUCAGGGUGAAGAACAUACUUCAACUACAGAUGAAGAGACAGAGCCACAGAACAGAGAUCAGAGGAUCCCAAUAGUCUGUAAAGAAUGCGGUAAAGGUUUUAGUUACUUGUCUCAGUUCAGAGUUCACAUGGAAAUCCAUCAAAAGCCUUUUGCUUGUACAGAAUGCACCAAAAGUUUUAGUAAAUUAUCUAAUCUCAAAUCACACAUGAGAACCCAUUCAGGAAAAAAGCCUUUUUCUUGUCAAGAAUGUGACAGAAGUUUUAAUCAAAUAAAUACUCUUAAAACACACAUGAGAACUCACACAGGAGAGAAGCAAUUUACCUGUAAAGAAUGUCAUAAGAGUUUUAGUCACAUGCAUAGUCUGAAAACACACAUGAGAACUCACACAGGAGAAAAGCCUUUUUCUUGUAAAGAAUGUGAUAAAAGUUUUAGUCUCUUGCAUAAUCUGAAAACACACAUGAGAACUCACACAGGAGAGAAGCCCUUUUCUUGUAAAGAAUGUGACAAAUGCUUUAGUGAAAAAGCCAAUUUAAAAACACACAUGAGAACUCACUCAGGAGAGAAGCCUUUUUCUUGUAAAGAAUGUGACAAAACUUUUAGUGAAAAGUCUAAUUUAAAAAGACACACUAGAACUCACAAAGGAGAGAAGCCUUUUUCUUGUAAAGAGUGUGACAAAAGUUUCAUUUGUAUAUCUUAUCUCAAAACUCACAUGAGAAUUCACACAGGGGAGAAGCCUUUUUCUUGUAAAGAAUGUGACAAAUGCUUUAGUGAAAAAUCCAAUUUAAAAACACACAUGAGAACUCACUCAGGAGAGAAGCCUUUUUCUUGUAAAGAAUGUGACAAAACUUUUAGUGAAAAGUCUAAUUUAAAAAGACACACUAGAACUCACACAGGAGGGGUCUUUUUCUUGUAAGAAAUGUGAUUAAAAUAUAUCUCACACUCAGUAGAGAAGCCUUUUCCUCGUGCAGAAACGUAUUCAGAACGUGAAUAUGUUUCAGUUGUUCAGUAUAUAUUCUUAAUUUACAUAUAAGAACUCAUACAGGAAAGAAUGUUUUAUAGAAUAUGGAUUCAUGAAUAAUCCAUUAACAGAUUAACGGU